CCUUCUUCUGCCGGCGAACAGCACGCGCAUUGCCGCCUGCCUCGAGUGCGCGCGUCCCCAAGCACCCCUCGAUCGUCUGCGCACCCAGGCCCAGCUGGAAUGCCUGCGCUGCCCUCGCAGCGCGCCUCGCUGUGUCUCUUCUGCGAAUUCGCCGCCCGAACGCGCCUGCAGCCCCAGCGCCUCCUACCGCGCACCCAGCUCGCCCAUCGCUCUGCAGGAGCCGUGAAGAGAAUCAAGCCCAGAUAUGACGACGCUGCGGGCAAUCGCCUGCGCCAGGCCAGUGCUACGCGAUCGGACCUCCGAGGAAAGAAUGCUUUCAAUCCGCUCCACAGGGACGGCCGCGCGGGCAAAGGCUACCCAGACUUCUUCCAGGAUGUGCGCAACCAGAUGCAGACGCUGAGAGCCGACCUCGCCGAGCCAAGAUUCCUCCAAAGCCUCCACAUGGACCGCGGAACCUUCGAUGAAGAAUGGGACACAUUCGAGCGCGCCGUCAGCCGGUGGAUCAAGCAAGGAGCACCCGAAAUCAUGAGCUUCGCCCAAGGUGGCUUGGGGAACAAGAAGAAAAAAGCCCUGGAGAGCAGGCUGCGGUACCUGUUCUAUGCGCACGUCUACGGUGGACGCUUCACAAAGGCCGAGCAAGAGAACCAGAAGCAAGUGGCCGACCUUCGUUACCCUGCCGAAUGGUACCCUGCAACGAGAGAGAUACCGCGCACAGUACAUCUCCACGUCGGCCCUACCAACUCCGGAAAGACGUACCACGCGCUCAAGAGGCUGGAGGAGGCGGAUAGAGGCAUAUACUUGGGCCCGCUUCGACUGCUCGCCCACGAAGUGUUCACUCGCCUCAACGCCAAGGGCAAGCCCUGCGCCUUGGUGACUGGAGAGGAGCAGCGCGUGCCCGACGGCGACGUUAAGAUGUGGAGUUGCACCGUGGAGAUGGCUCCGCUCAACACCCCGCUCGAUGUCGCAGUCAUAGACGAGAUCCAGAUGAUUAACCAUCCAGAACGAGGUUGGGCGUGGACAUCGGCAUUCUUGGGUGUCCAAGCGCGCGAAAUCCACCUCUGUGGCGAGGCACGAACGGUACCCAUCAUGAAGGAACUCUGUGCUCUCGUUGGAGACAAGGUCGAGGUCCACGAAUACGAGCGACUUACUCCGCUGAAAGUAGCCAACAACAGCUUGAACGGCUCGUUGAAUAGGCUUGAGAAGGGCGACUGCAUAGUUGCAUUCUCCGUGCUGGGUCUCCAUGCGCUGCGCAAAGAGGUGGAAACGAAAACAGGGAGAAAAUGUGCCAUUGUAUAUGGCAGUCUACCGCCUGAAACGAGAGCUCAACAAGCUCGCCUUUUCAACGAUCCGAAUAACGACUACGACUUUCUGGUCGCCAGCGAUGCUAUAGGCAUGGGACUGAAUCUGAGCAUCAAGCGCGUCAUCUUCGAAUCCACCAUGAAGAACAAUGGCUCUGAAUUCGUACCAUUGAAGAUCUCUGAAGUCAAACAAAUAGGCGGUCGUGCCGGUCGGUACCGGACUGCGCAUCAAGCUGUCGCAGUGGACACACUAGCAAAGUCUGAAACCGCAAUUGAUCCAGUCAUAGGUCUAGACGAUGUCAAGGGAGAUGUCGUGGAGGAAAACACGGUUGCGGCACCGCCAACCGUCGGGUUUGUCACCACCUUGGACCGCAUUGACCACGACUAUCUUGCGUCAGCCAUGGACCAGGAGCCCGAGCCGAUCGAAUCUGCAGGUCUCUUCCCGCCGGCGUUGAUUGUGGAGCGAUUCGCAAAUUAUUUCCCCCCCGGGACGCCCUUCAGCUACAUCAUGCUCCGCCUCCACGAAAUAUCCGUCGUCCACCCGCGCUUUCAUCUCUGCGCUCUGAAAGACCAGCUUGCCAUAGCUGACGUGAUCCACACGGUGAAGAAUCUAUCCAUUGCAGAUCGCAUCAUGAUUUGCGCCGCUCCAACAAACAUGCGGGAUGAAGGAGAGCGCGAAUUUCUACGUGCGCUCGCCGAGUGCAUUGCAGAAAACAAGUCGGGCGCGCUCCUCGACUUGCCCAAACUUCCGCUCCAUGUGCUUGACGAACAGCCCACAGCCGAACGGAAGUACCUGUACAGUCUCGAGCAGCUCCACAAGAUGAUCGUCUCGUACUUGUGGCUCAGCUACCGCUUCCCGCAGGUUUUCACCACCCGGAAGCUGGCAAACUACCUAAAGCAGUUGACCGAGGACGCCAUCGAGCGCACGCUGACACAGUUCUCGUGGUCGGAUGUCAGGAAAAAGCGGAAAGAGAGGACGCGCGAGGCCAUACGCGACAUGCGAGAGCAACAGAGGGCGGCUAGGGCGGCGGAGGAAAUCGACCGAGUCGUCCUGCCACAAGAAGUGCGCGAGGUCCUAGACGACAAGACGUCGUUCAAAGACGCCGAACCCCCUGUCGAUGACGAGGGCGAGUACCACCCCGAGGAGCUCGACGAUCUGGAUUCUGCAGCGCCAGCUAAGCAGCAGGCGACACAGUGAUAGCCCGAGACUGCCCACAGCCCUGAUGGGCCUCCCGUUCUUGAUGCACGCGAGCACCGCAACCGAGGUUGUCGUAGAAAUGUAAUAAUAGUGUAGCAGCAUGGGAGAGGCGUUUGUACAUUUUGGAGCAUUCAGGCGCAUCGAAUACCCCGUCGCAUUCGAGGCGGUAUUUCAGGGAAAGACCAGGUCAUGUAAAUAGAAUUGUAAACCACCAAAUGUAACAACUACAC